AUGGGCAAGCGCAAGUCAAAACGCAAGGUGUCUUCGAAAAUAAGAGUUAUCACACCUCUUGAAACACAGUUCAAUUGUCCUUUUUGCAAUCACGAAAGAGUGUGUGAAGUGAAAAUGGAUCGUGAACGAAACGUUGGUUUUAUCGCUUGCCGAGUAUGUUUCGAGGAUUUUCAAACGGGCAUUAAUUAUCUAUCUGAACCAGUUGAUGUUUAUUCUGAUUGGAUUGAUGCAUGUGAACAAGCGAAUCGAUAG